AUGCUUCGUUCCGGCAGUCAGCAGGCCACUGAGCCUAGACAACAUGUCCAACCUUUGGCCCACCGCUCGACCGACAUGGACGAAUCGUUCAUUGGCAAAACUGGAGGCGAGAUUUUCCACGAGAUGAUGCUGAGGCAUGAUGUGAAGCACAUUUUCGGUUACCCUGGUGGCGCUAUCCUGCCCGUCUUCGAUGCCAUCUACAAUUCCCCCCAUUUCGAUUUCGUCCUACCUAGGCAUGAGCAGGGAGCUGGACACAUGGCCGAAGGUUAUGCCCGUGCCUCUGGCAAGCCUGGUGUUGUCCUGGUCACCUCCGGCCCCGGCGCCACCAACGUUAUAACACCUAUUGCCGAUGCCAUGUCCGAUGGCAUCCCCCUGGUUGUUUUCACCGGUCAGGUCGUCACGAGCGCCAUCGGCAGCGAUGCCUUCCAAGAGGCAGAUGUGAUUGGUAUCUCGAGAGCCUGCACCAAGUGGAACGUCAUGGUCAAGAGCGUUGCUGAGCUGCCCAGAAGGAUCAACGAGGCAUUCGAGAUCGCUACCAGUGGAAGACCGGGACCUGUCCUUGUGGAUCUGCCAAAGGACAUCACUGCUGGUGUUCUGAGAAAAGCCAUCCCAACUGUGUCUGCCUUGCCAGGACUGCCAAGCGCUGCCUCUCGCGCCAUGGCAGAGCUGACCAAGAAGCAGCUGCACGACUCAAUCAACCGUGUGGCUAGCUUGAUCAACAUCGCUAAGAAGCCUGUUAUCUACGCUGGAAAUGGGGUCAUUUGCUCGGAGGAUGGACCCGCGCUGCUGAGAGCUCUGGCUGACAAGUGCUCGAUCCCUGUGACGACCACCCUGCAGGGCCUGGGCGCUUUCGACGAGCUGGAUGAGAAGUCUCUGCACAUGCUCGGAAUGCACGGCUCGGCGUACGCCAACAUGGCUAUGCAGGAGGCGGACCUGAUUAUUGCUCUGGGCGGGCGAUUUGACGACCGUGUGACCCUUCGCGUUGGAGGUUUUGCGCCGGCGGCCAAGGCUGCGGCAGCAGAGGGCCGUGGUGGUAUCGUUCAGUUUGAGAUCAUGCCGAAGAACAUCAACAAGGUCGUCCAGGCUACCGAGGCCGUCGAGGGCGAUGUCAGCACCAAUCUGAAGCACCUGCUGCCCCUGGUCAACACCAAGUCGAUGGCGGACCGCAAGGAGUGGUUCGACACGAUCAAUGACUGGAAGGCGAAGUGGCCCCUCAACGCUUUUGAGCGCGCUGGAGACUCUGGAAGGAUCAAGCCGCAGGAGAUGAUCGAGCAGCUGUCUGACCUGUGCAAAGACCGCAAGAACGACACCUACAUCACCACGGGUGUGGGCCAGCACCAGAUGUGGACGGCACAGCACUUCCGCUGGAGGCAUCCUCGCACCAUGAUCACCUCCGGUGGUCUGGGUACCAUGGGCUUCGGUCUGCCCGCCGCCAUCGGUGCCAAGGUCGCUAAGCCUGACUCUCUGGUCAUUGACAUCGACGGCGAUGCGUCCAUGUGCAUGACGCUGACCGAGCUCGGCACAGCCGCACAGUUCAACAUCGGCAUCAAGGUGAUCGUCCUGAACAACGAGGAGCAGGGCAUGGUGACGCAGUGGCAGAACCUGUUCUACCAGGACCGCUACAGCCAUACGCACCAGACGAACCCCGACUUCCAGAAGCUGUCAGACGCCAUGGGUAUCCAGUCCAAACGUGUGUCGAAGCCUGAGGAGGUCGUUGAUGCCCUGAAGUGGCUGAUCAACUCGGACGGCCCGGCUCUGCUGGAGGUCAUGACCGACAAGAAGGUCCCGGUCCUGCCUAUGGUGCCAGCGGGCCAUGCUCUGCACGAGUUCAUCACAUGGGAUGCUGAAAAGGACAAGCAGCGAAGAGAAACCAUGCGCGAGAGAACGAAGGGUCUGCACGGUAACUGA